ACAAACUCAAGCAUUAGCACCAACAAGCUGCGAGCAUCAUCAGUCUCUGGAAAGCCUUCUGAAUUAGACAAGGGCUGCCUCUCAGCACAGCUACAAAACACUUUAAACCUGACCAGCUAAAUGGAUAAACCUAGCCCGCAUAGCUUUUAAACUGGGGUCUCCUACAGCACAGGAGGCCUCCUUUCUUCAAGAACUGAAAAUCCUGAGGAUGAAUUGCUUUAUCUGGGAAUGGCAAAAGCCAGCACAAUAAGGAAUGCCAGGUAUUCUGAAGAUUUUCUUUUCCUCCUCUCUUUUUGCAGAGAAGUUGGUUAUCUCCGAGAUGGGCUGUAGCUCUUUUCACAGAUUGCCAAUUACUGCUGAUGGGUCUCUAGUGAAUUACACAAUGGUCCUCAGAACCUAAAGGCCCUCCCCUCUCGGCCCCCUUCCCAACAGCUUCCUCUUUUCUGCCCCUCCAUCCCACCCGUGCUCUUUUUUUUUAUUUUUUUAAGUACAAUUAUACAUAUAUGCGUAUUAUUUUUGCCUGUCCUCUCGGGGAAGUUUGUAUGGAGCUACAGGCUCACAUGCGGGAUCAGAACGGUGUGAAUGACAGCCGCACUGUGUCAUGAAGGUGGUGGCAGUUUCUGCACAAGAGCCCAAAUAAGAAGAAAGCUGAGAGGGGGGCAACGUUUUUGGAUGACAAAGGAUGGGUUUCCAUUUAAUUACCCGGAUGAGAGGCAUGAAUGUGAUUCCGGUGCUCCUCCCCACCCUGCUGCUGGUUAUGCUCACAGGGGCGCAGAGAGCUUGCCCCAGACACUGCAGAUGCGAUGGGAAAAUUGUGUACUGUGAGUCCCAUGCUUUCGCAGACAUCCCUGAGAACAUUUCUGGAGGGUCCCAAGGUUUAUCAUUAAGGUUCAACAGCAUUCAGAAGCUCAAAUCCAAUCAGUUUGCUGGCCUUAACCAGCUUAUAUGGCUUUAUCUGGACCAUAAUUACAUUAGCUCAGUGGAUGAAGAAGCGUUUCAAGGCAUCCGCAGACUGAAAGAAUUAAUUCUGAGCUCCAACAAAAUUACCUAUUUGCACAAUAAAACAUUUCACCCGGUCCCCAAUCUUCGCAAUCUGGACCUCUCCUACAAUAAACUCCAGACAUUGCAAUCUGAACAAUUUAAAGGCCUUCGGAAACUCAUCAUUUUGCACUUGAGAUCCAAUUCCCUGAAGACUGUGCCCAUAAGAGUUUUUCAAGACUGCCGGAACCUUGACUUUCUGGAUUUGGGUUACAACCGUCUUAGAAGUUUAUCACGAAAUGCUUUUGCCGGCCUUCUGAAACUGAAGGAGCUACAUUUGGAGCACAACCAGUUUUCCAAGAUCAACUUUGCUCAUUUUCCGCGUCUCUUCAACCUUCGUUCCAUCUACUUACAGUGGAACAGGAUUCGCUCCAUUAGCCAAGGUUUGACGUGGACUUGGAGUUCCUUACACAACUUGGAUUUAUCAGGGAAUGAUAUCCAAGGAAUUGAACCCGGUACAUUUAAAUGCCUUCCCAAUUUGCAGAAAUUGAAUUUGGAUUCCAACAAGCUUACAAACAUCUCCCAGGAAACUGUCAAUGCAUGGAUAUCAUUAAUAUCCAUUACCUUGUCUGGAAAUAUGUGGGAAUGCAGUCGGAGCAUUUGUCCUCUGUUUUAUUGGCUAAAGAAUUUCAAAGGAACUAAGGAGAGUACCAUGAUAUGUGCAGGACCUAAACAUAUCCAGGGUGAGAAGGUUACUGACGCAGUGGAAACCUACAGCAUCUGUUCUGAGGGCCAGGUGGUCAAUACAGAAAGGUCACAACUGGCCCCCCAAACUCCCCAGAAGCCCCUGGUUCUCCCUAAUCCUACCAUCUUGAAACCCAAUGCCAUGCAACCUACUCUGGAAACAGCCAGCCCUUCCCCAGGCUUCCAGAUUCCUGGCACAGAGCAAGAGUAUGAGCAUGUUUCAUUUCACAAAAUCAUUGCAGGGAGUGUGGCUCUGUUUCUCUCAGUGGCCAUGAUCCUUUUGGUCAUCUAUGUAUCAUGGAAACGCUACCCAGCCAGCAUGAAACAACUCCAACAGCAUUCUCUCAUGAAGAGGCGGCGGAAAAAGGCAAGAGAGUCGGAAAGACAAAUGAAUUCCCCUUUACAGGAGUAUUAUGUGGACUACAAGCCUACAAACUCUGAGACCAUGGAUAUAUCGGUUAAUGGAUCUGGACCCUGCACAUAUACCAUCUCUGGCUCCAGGGAAUGUGAGAUACCACACCACGUGAAGCCACUGCCAUACUACAGCUAUGAACAGCCAGUGAUCGGGUACUGCCAGGCCCACCAGCCACUGCACAUCAACAAGGCAUAUGACACAGUGUCCCCAGAGCAGGAUGACAGCCCCAGCCUGGAGCUUGGGCGAGACCAUGGCUUCAUCGCUACCAUAGCCCGGUCAGCAGCACCAGCCAUUUAUCUGGAGAGAAUAACAAAUUAAGUAUGAAGCCAACACCUUGUACGGAGAGGAGAGUGGAUGUCCAGCAUCCUGCAACCAAGCAAGCUCAUUGUUCCUAUAAAAAAGUUUACAGCAUAGAUAAAAUUUGAACUCAUACUGCUGAAAGAGAGGGUAGAUGACGCACCCAUGGUACCUGGGAGAACAUGGAACGUUCUUUGCUUUAAACCAUAAGACAACACAAAUGCUCCCAAUGUAAAUAGAGUGUCAAGUUCUUAUAAAACUAGAUUUUACCCUAGCUAUCUAUAGGUUUGUUUGUAUAUUUGACUUUUCUACAGUGCAUGGGUCCUGGGCUGGGAGAACCACAGGGGUGGAUGGGAAGUUGGGAUAAAAUAGUUUUCCUUGUAAGGUGUGUGUAAAACUCACAGACUUUACUUUCAAUUGCUUUCAUUUUAUUUUUCACCUAAAAUACUGUUGUUUAUUCUUUUGGUUUAUUUAUUUUUUAAAUUAUCCUGGUCAAUUGAUGGUCUCUAAUUCUAAACAUAGAUAUUAAAACUUAUGUGGUACCAAAAGAAAAUCUGCUUUUGCACGAAUCCCAAUCAAGGAAAGAAGUUUGGUCACAAAUUUGAUGAUUUGAUGAAACUACUGAAAUAAGAACUCAACCCACAGAGGUGAAAGCUCCAGUAAGGCAUGGGUUGUAGGUGAUAUUCGGAGUUUUUGUUUGUUUGUUUUUCCCCUAUUGGCAGCCCUCACUGUAGGAAGUUUGAGAAGACCUGUGAAGAUGGGGAAAGGACAAAACCCUCACUGUGAGGAGGGUCUUAAGAACAAUGUUCAUGUGAUGAGUGGAUAUAACUGCCAG